UUGCCAAGACCACCACCCGGCGUCACGCCGCGGGCUGGGUAGAACUGUGGUGACACCGGGACUACUAUAUUCGCAUCAGCGUCUACGAUUGGUUUAGCACAAGCACAAGAGACACUAUACCUUUUCGUAGCGCAGACAUGCUAUAAUUGGUUUGGUGUUGUGUUGACAACGGCCCGACAGUAGGGCUCACGAAAGUGGUUUCACGGUCGCCUUUGCUCCUCACAUGGAAUCUUUGCCGUACAAGUCGAGAUUUGGAAUGAAGCUCACCUAUCGCCAUGUCAUUACCUUACAGCACGCUAGAGGUUUGUGAUGCUGAGAACUAUGGACCGCACGGCUAUAGCUAUGGCAACACAAAUAAAGAGGUCGUUACUCAUCCUAAUAAUAUAACCCCCCAAGUGGCUCCUUUUGAGGCCGAGGGAGCUGGUGGUUAUUUUCCUGAAGUCGUCAACCACCAGAAAGAGGAUCAUCCCAGUACUACGACUACGCCAGCCAAAAUCUGUGGUCUACCAAAACGUACGUUCUAUAUUAUUCUCGCCGUCGGACUGCUAGUGGUGAUCGGUGCCAUUGCUGGAGGAGUCGCAGGUGGCCUAUCACGCAAAAACCACUCUACUACUAAAACUAAACACUCAGACGGCUCAGAAUCAGACGGUCCGCGGCCAGGUUCUAGUAAUGUCACAAACACAGAUGGCAACCCGUCGCAAAGUCCUAAUGUCAAUGUACUCGGUAUAUCGAAGCUAGCGUCGUCGAAUAUGACGGGGACCGACGGCAACACGUACCGGACAAUCUUCUUUCAGGACACGUCCAGCGCUAUUAUCGCACGGAGGUGGGAUUCGCAGAAUAAGACCUGGGAAACGAGCAACAUCACGAGAAUUAUGGAAGGCCACGCGACGCCACUAAAUCCCAUAGCCGGUACACCUCUGACAAGUAUAUCAUGCGAUUAUAACGGCAAGGAUCAAGUGCAUGUCUGGUUCAUAACUCCCACCAACUAUAUCAGUACUCUUAUGCUGAGGCAUGCCAAGACAUCGCCGAACGGCUGGGGAUACGAUUCAAAUGGUAGCGGUGUCGUAGAAACACACCACGGCUCUCAGCUGGCUGCCGCGUGGCAACGUUGUUGGUCUGAUAACUGCCCGAACGGCUGGGGAAACUGGGCCGUGGCUUACCAGACGCCUGGAGGUGAUAUAAACAUCGCCAACUCGACCGACUGGCAGAACCCGACCAUGGCGGUCCAGGCAAGAUCUGUUGCGGAGAAUUCUAGCUUGGGCUUGAUUCCCCAACUAGACGCACACGACAAAAUAGAGAUUGUUCGGUUGAAUCUUGUAUCGGAGGCUCUCCACUCAGCAGAAACUGGCAUCAUGCAGCAGACUAUAUAUAUAGAGACUUGGGAUCCCAACUUGAUCGACGACAUACCAACACCCCAACCAAGCCUCCAGUUCGCCAUUACGCUCCUAGACGAUUUCAGUCUGCCGAUGUUUCUUGCGUUGCUCCCCAACGGCACUGUUUCGGGUAUGUGGUGGUCCGGCACCCACUUCGAGUCUAUACAGAGCUUCAAUUUCAACGGGGGGCCGUCGUCGGUGAACUUCACUGCGAUCUCGGCGACCGAGGAGGCGAUGUUCUACGGCAUAUCUAAUGAUGAGGUCUUGCAGUAUGAACCGGACCCCGAGGAUCUCUUUAGUUUCAAGUAUGUUGGUAGGGUUUAUCCAUGAAUGUCGCUUGCGUACGGAUAGAAGGCUACUUGGUGUCUAUCAUAUUAUACCCCGUUAUAUAUCUUAACCAAUGUACGGCGCUGAUAGAAUUACGCUGAUUAGCCCCUAAUUAAUCUAUGCUUGUAAUUAUAUAAGAACCUGCUUAGGGUCAAUGUUAGUUUAAUCAAGGAAAAAGGUGUUUCAAUAGCCCAAAGUCUUGUAUAGUAACAAGGAAAAAGCACGUAUUUAUAGCUUAACUAAGUCUCUUUUAUACCACUUGACUUUGGAAACAAGGAAACACGCAUAUGCCGGUAACGGAUAAAUAGUGAGCAGAUUUAUGAGAAAGACAAUUGUGAUACUUUAGCGAUUAGUAUCUAAUACUCAUCGUCGUGGUCUGAUGGCUGGUGUAGGGUAUAUUAGUGCCUAUAUAGGCAACUCGUUAACUCUAGACUCUAGGCAUGAUUGGAGUUAGGUACGAUUAGGGGACCUUUAGUUCCGGAAAUAUC